CACCUCCUUCCUUAUAUGUGACAGUCCAGCUCCACAGCCUCCUCCACUGCCACUAACUCUCUCUCUCCUUCUCUCUCGCUCUGUCUCACUGUCUUCCAUCCACAUCUCUUCAUUCCUCCGUCAGCUCCGCUUCUGUUCCUGCUUUUUUGUUUGUUUUAUAUUCCUUCAUUUUCUCACCCUCCCUCUUUUUUUGUUGAUUCUUCAUCCUUCGACAUGCUCAUCACGUGAAGUCCGCCAACUUGCACAGCCGGUGUCAUCAGUAAAAAAACAAAAAAAAACAAGGCAAAUGCUCUUUCGGGGAAUAAGAGAAAAAGCCACACACGUUUGCAUCCUUCACUGAACGGAGCAGCAGCAGCAGCAGCAGCAGCAGCAUGGAUCUGUCUUUCAUGGCCGCGCAGAUCCCAGUCAUGACGGGAGCCUUCAUGGACUCGUCACCCAAUGACGACUACAGCGGCGAACACUCACUCUUCAACUCCUCGGCCAGCGUCCACGCCGCUGCCUCAGCUGCCUCGGUACAGGGCCAGCAGGAUGAGUCGCAGUCCAUGUCCAGUGACGCCAUCUGGCUCUGGAUCGCCAUCGUCGCCACUAUUGGAAACAUUGUGGUGGUGGGCGUUGUCUACGCCUGCACUUUCUGAUUCGCAUAUGCUUACAAAGACAAACUGGCACACAUCCCGCUAUUUUCUGGAUCUCUGGACCCCUGAGUGAGGCCAUGCUUUGCAGAUAUACAUCCUCUCUCUCUCUCUGGCUCCCUCUCUCUCUCUUUCUCUCUCUCCCUCGCACUUGGCUUUUGGAUCAGUUUGAGCCCCUGAGGAGGGUGUGGAAGUUGUGAUACUAGACAAUGAUAUAGACUACUAUAUUUCUUCAUCAGAGGGAAAGACUGGGACUUGGCUGCAUUUGUUGGCACCAAGUGAUUUUGGGCACAACCAGAAGUUUGAGAAGAAGCUUUUGUGUAACAGCUCUUUAGUUAAAAACAGAAAAAACCGACCUGUGCUCUCAACCAAGAAUCAAAAGGAACUUUUUCUCUUUUCAGCUUAAGUUUGUUUCCAUGUUUCUCUUCAGACAACACCCUCACUUGUAAUGCAGAGAGAAGAAUGGAGAUUAAAUGGGGCUUAAGAUUCGGGUUGAUCCGGGCCAUUUUAAACAUGCACCAGAUAGUUGCUAAGCAAUUUAGGCCAGUGCUGUUUAAUUAUGCGACUGAACAGAGAUGGUGAAUGUUAAAACAUUUAGAAAGUACUGGGAUUAUUUUCAUGUCAGGCAGCCCAAAGGGCCAUGACGGUAGAGCUCAUUUAAGGACUUAUUUGUGAAUGAAACAUAGUAUGGACACUGAUCAUUAGUGUAUAUAAUAUGUUUCUACACAAUUUCACUGACAGGAAACUGAGAACAGGACAAUGAUUGACAUCAAACUUUCUUUGAUACACACUUAAAAGCUCAUGAAAAUGUUUUCUGCAAUGUUAACUCAAUUACACAUGAUGAAUGAUGACCUUAUAAUUAGGUUUUGUGUAAAAGUCAGCCCCCUUUCAAAUGAAUGGUCUCAUUGUCAAAUACCGUCAAAUAAGUGAUAUCCACCAGGGAUUAUUAGAAAAUCUAAUUGUAUUGUCAUGAUCUGUCCGGUUAUGUAUGAAUAUUAUCUACAGAUGUUAACAAAAUAGAACUAGAAGCACAAAUUAAAUCAAACACAUGUAGCCUUCUUUACUUGUUCACCCUCUGUAGUUGUUUUUUCUCAGUGAGUACAGCUUGUAAAUUUUUUUUUUUUUUCAUCACGCAGAAAAAUUACUGGCAGCAACAGAAGAUGAAGAUAUAACAGAUGUUAGGGCAGAUGUGGGAAAAUGCUAAAUGUAGCCUAUGUCUCCAGAAGUAAUGUAACACUGACCAGAUCUCUAGUGAACUUUGUGGUAAAUGUAUACCAAUGUGAGUGGGGAGGUGAUGCCUCCUGUGUCAAAUGAAAUUUAGUUUUUUAUUAAGCUACUGGUCAGCGAAUUAUUUUUGUGUUACUGUGGAAUCUAAUUGGGAACAAUAACUUUACUGUCAGUCUCAAGCAUCAACCUGCAUCCACAGAUGCAUAUAUAUAUAUAGCUGGUAGAAUUUGACUUUAAGUCUGCCAACUGAUGUCUGUGCUUUGCUGACAAAGUUUUUUUUUUUCCUUUUUAUGACAACGGGAUAAAAAUACUAAUAAUUUAGGUUUUUUUCAAAUGUGUGCUCAAAGUCAGCAAGUUGUUUUAUCUGUCAACUGGUCUUUCUUUACCUGACAAACUAACUGAUCGAUAUAUUUAGACAGACUGAUCUAUAUAUUUAGACAGACGCUUAGACAGAAGACUCUUUUUUUCAGUGACAAAUAUUUCUCCUGGGAUUUAGAUGACAACAUCAAUGUGCUUAAGAUUAAAGGAUACCAACCUGUCUUGUAAACACCAUAUCUGUUCAAAUGUUCAUACACUGCAACAAACAAUACUGGCUUAUUGUAUCAACUGUACCGUGUAAGGAGAAAUUCAGACACUAAUCUCUUGUUAUGAGUGUAAGUAGCCUAUACGAUGUUCAAAGACAGACUUUUCAAGCCUGUUAUUUUUAAUAAAUGGUUGACGUAGAAAUAUUUAGACAUGUUGUAAACCACAUACACAACGCUCCUUUUGUAAAGACAUGCUACUAUUAAAAUUUCUGU